AUGAACGAAACAAUUGAAACAACCCCGAUAGUGACAGCAGUGACAGCAGUGACAGCAGUGACAGCAGUGACAGCAGUGACAGCAGUGACAGCAGUGACAGCAGUGACAGCAGUGACAGCAGUGACAGCAGUGACAGCAGUGACAGCAGUGACAGCAGUGACAGCAGUGACAGCAGUGACAGCAGUGACAGCAGUGACAGCAGUGACAGCAGUGACAAUAAAUGCAACACUAUCAAGUGUGAAUAAUCGUGAUGAGCAUAAAUCAUUAGUCUAUAGUUUAGUCAAAAUGAUAAAUGAUUAUGUUACAGCUUUAGAAUAUAAUAAUUAUUUAAAGAAAGUAAGAUUCAAUUCAAAUGUAAGCUCAGUCAAUGAUUUCAGUAUUAUACAGAAUAUGCAACGUUAG